AAGCCUCCGGAGGACCGACAGACGUACAGACGCGCAGCCGGACCUUAAAUACCUCUGAGCGGCUCUACCGUGGACAUUUGACAGCUGAGAGCACCAGGUUUUUUCUUUCACCCUGAUCCCUGAUGGAGCUCCUGCAGCAAUCCCUGUACCACCACCACCGGGUCUGAAGCUCCGGUCCGCCCGGUGUCCUCCCGUUAUUCGCUGCCCGGUUCCGUGCUCGGGCCGCCGUCUCCUCCGUGACUCUCUGUUCUCAUGCGAUUCUUCAGACUCACAUUCAAGUGUUUCGUGGAUUGUUUUUGAAGGUCGCAGCCAGAUUCUUGGUUAAAUUCUCUUUCUUUUUUUGGGGUAAUAUUUUUUUUAUUUUUCACUAGAAUCGUGUCUCUUUUUCUGCAUUGGAGGAAAGAUAUGUCUCCAGAUUAUUACUAGACAUUAUUCGAUUUAUUUUAUUUAAUUUUCAUUCGAUUUUAAAAACAGAUUCUGGAGCAUGAUCCACGAUCCGCCUGCACCUCGCUGAGAUUGAUAAUAAUAUUGUUAUUAUUACUGGAGAAGGAGCGAGAAUAGAGAUCCUGCAGCGGGACGAGCUGCACCUGCUGGACUGACUCAUCUGUUUCUGACCGGACUCUGAGGCUCUAAGGCGGCACAAAUAAACAGGUUAGAGACUGAAAAUACCAGAGCGACCAGUGCAGACUGAGGGGUUUGUUACUGGUGUCUGACUGUGAGGAAGAGACACAUUCUAGUCCUGAAAGAAGAAGAGAAAUCAGCUUUUUAAAGGUACAAAAAACUGAAAUAAACUGCAAAAAAGUGUGGACUGCUCCUUUAGCUGGUUUUGAGGGAAGGGAGUGAGAAUAACAGUUAAAACCUGCUGAAUUAAAGGGAAGCAAAGAGAGAUUUUUGACUUCAUCUGACUUUGUUUGGAUCUGGUUAUUGGGGUGAGUCCAAGUGGGAAAAGACCAGAUUCUGAAGGAAAAACGUGCAAGAAUUAAAGGGCAAAUAGACUGAAUUGACCAGCAAGCAGUGCAGACUGUGGGGUUAGUUACUGGUAUCUGACAGUGAGAAAGAGACAGGGUUUAGUCCUGAAAGAAGAAGAGGAAACACCUUUUUAAAAGGGUACAAAGAAACUGAAAUAACUGUGCAAAGAGUGCAGACUGCUCCUUUAAUAGACUGACAAAAAGUCAGAGUUUAAGAGACCAAAUCUGCAGAAUUAAAGGGAAGCAAAGAGAGAUUUUUGAAAACAUCUGACUUUUUUAGUUUCUGGUUAUUUGGGUGAGUCUAAGUGGGAAAGCACUAGAUUUUGGGGCUCAGAAACAGAAAUUAAAGGGAACUUGACCCGGGUUUUUCUACCCUUUUACCAACUUUUUUUUUAAAGUAAACGGUUUCCUGACUGGACUUUUGAGCGAUGGAGAAGCAGGCGCUGUCGGCCUCCUCCUGCUCUCUGGUUCUCCUGGAGGAAACCAAGAAGACCCCCCUCUUACAUCCAAACGGUGCCUGUGGUUACCCCCCAGCAGCCUCUAACGGUAGCCUGGUCCCGUUAACCGGGGCUGGGUCCGGUGCUGGAGCAUGUGCCGGGCCGGAGAAGAAAGCACCCCCUGCUGUGGUGCCUUAUCAAGAGAGAGAAACAUGGACCCGGCAGAUGGACUUCAUGAUGUCCUGCGUGGGAUUCGCUGUCGGACUGGGGAACGUGUGGAGGUUCCCGUACCUGUGCUACAAGAACGGAGGAGGCGUCUUCCUGAUCCCUUACAUGCUGAUCGUGUUUGUCGGAGGAAUCCCGGUCUUCUUCCUGGAGAUCGCUCUGGGACAGUUCAUGAAAGCCGGCAGUAUCAACGUCUGGAACAUCGCUCCACUCUUUAAAGGUCUGGGUUACGCCUCCAUGGUGAUAGUGUUUUUCAGCAACACCUACUACAUCAUGGUGUUGGCCUGGGCCUUCUACUACCUGAUCAAGUCCUUUAACUCUACCCUCCCUUGGUCCACCUGCGACAACGAAUGGAACACGCCCAACUGCAUCGAGAUCUUCCGCCACCAGGACUGCAUCAACGGCUCGCUGGCCAACGAUACUAUCAACGGAAACAUGACCUGCGCCGAACUCGCCAACGCACGGUCGCCCAUCAUUGAAUUCUGGGAGAACAAGGUGUUGAACAUCUCCUCUGGUCUGGGGGAAACUGGAGAGUUUAACUGGGAGCUGAUGUUGUGUCUGAUCGCCGUCUGGGUCAUGGUUUACUUCUGCGUGUGGAAGGGAGUCAAAUCCACUGGGAAGAUUGUGUACUUCACGGCGACCUUCCCCUACGUCGUCCUCAUCAUCCUGCUGGUGCGAGGCGUCACACUUCCUGGAGCUUACGACGGCAUCAUGUUCUACAUCAAACCUGAUUGGUCCAAACUGUGGGAAGCUCAGGUUUGGAUCGACGCCGGCACUCAGAUCUUCUUCUCGUACGCCAUCGGCCUCGGAGCGUUGACGGCUCUGGGGAGCUACAACCGCUUCAACAACGACUGCUACAAAGAUGCGUUUGUUCUGGCGAUGAUAAACAGCGGGACGAGUUUCUUCGCCGGCUUCGUGGUGUUUUCUAUUCUGGGCUUCAUGGCUAACGAGCAGGGAGUUCACAUCUCACAGGUCGCUGAAUCAGGUCCAGGUCUGGCCUUCAUUGCGUACCCGAAGGCGGUGAGUCUGAUGCCGGUGGCUCCUCUGUGGGCCGCGCUCUUCUUCUUCAUGCUGCUGCUGCUGGGACUCGACAGUCAGUUCGUGGGCGUGGAGGGUUUCGUGACGGGAAUCCUGGAUCUGUUUCCUGGGAAAAGCCAAUUCCGCUACAAAAGGGAAAUCUCUGUGGCCGUGUGCUGCCUGCUGUGCUUCAUCAUCGAUCUCUCCAUGGUGACACAGGCGGGGAUGUACGUCUUCCAAUUAUUUGACUAUUAUUCAGCCAGUGGGAUGAGUCUGUUGUGGCAAGCAUUCUGGGAAUGCAUAGUAGUUGCCUGGGUCUACGGUGCCGACCGCUUCAUGGACGAUGUGGCCCUUAUGAUUGGCUACCGGCCGUUCCCCUGGAUUAAGUGGUGCUGGUCCUUCAUCACGCCCGCCGUCUGCAUGGGAAUCUUCAUUUUCCACCUGGUGAACUACAAGCCUCUGACCUACAACAACACGUACGUGUACCCGUGGUGGGGCGAGGUGAUCGGCUGGUGCCUGGCGCUCUCCUCCAUGCUCUGCAUCCCCGUCAGCAUCCUCUACAAGCUGGUCAGCGCCAAGGGCACCUUCAAGGAGCGCUGGGCCCACCUCACCACCCCGGUGUGGGGGCACCACCACCUGGAGUACAUGGCCCCCGACAUCCGGGCCCUGACCUCCAAUGCCCCCGGCACCGAGGAGAACAAGGUCAUCAUCUUCGAGAGCGUCAUGUAGGACGGGACUCUACAUCUCCACCCCUCCCACCUCCCACAAGAUGACCUCCACCUCCAUUGAUUGGUCGUGUCCUCGGAUUAACCAAUCGAUGGCCGUCCUUCAAACCUUCGAUCGUCACCGGGCAGACCAAAGCUGGAAAAAAGAUUUUCCAACCCUGUAAAAAAAGAACAAAGCGGCUCCUCCAGGCGGAUUAUUACUAUUUUUUUUUAACAAUCACAGCAUCAACUUCCCCUUCAGAAUAAAACAAAAAUGUGAGAUUAAAACCAGCAGAUAAAUGUGUUCUGUGAAAAGGGCUCCAUCUGGGAAUCAUGUAAAUAUAAUAUUACAAGGACGCCAUGCAACGGUUUUUUUUAUCUGGAGGAGCUGAAGAAGAAAGAGUUUCACUGUGUUCACAAACAGCUGCUGGGCUUCCUCCAUGUUGGAGUGUCUCGUCUCUGGGUGGGCGGGGUGGACACACACACACACACACACACACACACACACACA